AGGAGGAGGAGGAGGCUGUGGCGCUGGCGGCUCCCGCGGCCUGAACUCUGCGCUAUCCCCGUCCCUCCCGCAGGGCCUCCGGCGUUUGGCUCCGGAGAGAAGGGCGUGGAAGCAGCCCCAGCCCGGUCGCUGCGGUAGCGGCGUCAGGUGAGUGCGGGAGCCGCGGAGCGCGAGCGCCAAACUGCGUGGCCCUCCGCGUCCCGGGAAGGAAGGGACGAGGAAGACUUGCCCAGGAGCCGCCGGAGCAGAGGGGCGCCGCGCGGCGCAGCCCCGAGUCACCGCUCUUGAGUCGCGCCAAACGUGGGGCAUGCAGGCGACACCCCCCCGCGUCGGGCUGCCCCUUAGGAGCGCGCCGAGCGCUCACUCGCGUCCGGACCGGGGCGGGAGAGAGUGCGGAGCGGGGAGCGAGCCCGGCCCCGCGAGCGGCAAGGGCGGCUACGACUUCAGGCGGGUGGCGAUUCGGCGGAAGUCCAAUGUCUCCUACCUGCUGCAUGGGACCCCCAGACCCUGGAGUCGGCCCUCGCUGCACCCGGGAUGGGCCGAGCCGGCCGCCUUCAGGAUCCAGCCGCCCGCGGGCACCCCAGGCAGCAGUACAUGUCCAAAGAUCACUAUCGUUCCACCCUUUUUGAAAAGCAGCACAACCACACUGAUUGAUCAGAAUGUAUCUGAUGAAGAGGCUCAGGGAAUAAAUGGAAAAACGCCAGCAAAACACUCAGCUGCAAGUCCAAAGCCACAAGUGCCUCCAAAGCCAUUACAUCUGCAGAAUUCACCUUUGUCCAGUAUACACCCAGCCCCUAAGCAUAAAGCUUUAUCUAGUGCAGCACCCAGGAUGGAGGAAGUUAAACCUGCCUCUGCUUCUUGUGUCUCAAAGGAAAAAUCCAGUAAAAUAUCAGAUCUCAUCAGUCGCUUUGAAGGAGGCAGCACAUUAUCAAGUUACGGCGAUUUGAAGAAAAAUUCAGCUGGGAACCUAAACGCUCCUAGAACCGCGGGAAGGCAUGGAUUGACAACCGCACCUCAGCAAAAGCUCCCCUCCCAGCACCCACCACCGAAGCAGGGACAUGAUCUAGAGCCAACUCAGGGUGUACAAACGUGUGUGGCUAACGGUGUGAUGGAGGCACAAAACCAGGUGGAAUGUGAGGAGGAUGAAGUGGCCGCUGGUAGCCCAGAUGCUCCUGUUCAAACUGCUGAACCCUUGCUGGACACGAACUUAGUGAAUGGAGCAGGAGACGAGAGUACCACGGGCCCCGCCUCACCCACAACAAAUGACUGUGAGGGAGAUGCUUCUGACAGCAGCUGCAGGACUCCCAGUGUGGACCCAGCCCUCCCCCUGGAAGAAGAAAGGGCAGACACAGAUGCCACGGCUCAAGAGAAGGAAAACGGGGAAAGCCCUUCGGAACUAGAACAGCUGGACCAGCACCAGGAGGUGAAGGAGACAAAUGAGCAAAAACUUCACAACAUAGCCAACGAACUUUUGCUUACAGAAAGAGCUUACGUCAACCGACUUGACCUCUUAGAUCAGGUAUUUUAUUGCAAACUAUUGGAAGAGGCCAAUCGAGGCUCAUUUCCAGCAGAGAUGGUGAAUAAAAUCUUUUCUAAUAUUUCAUCAAUAAAUGCCUUCCAUAGUAAAUUCCUAUUGCCAGAACUGGAGAAACGAAUGCAAGAAUGGGAAACUACCCCUAGAAUUGGUGACAUCCUCCAGAAAUUGGCACCAUUCCUUAAGAUGUAUGGAGAAUACGUGAAAGGAUUUGAUAACGCAGUGGAAUUGGUUAAAAACAUGACGGAGCGUAUUCCCCAGUUCAAAUCAGUAGUUGAAGAAAUUCAGAAACAGAAGGUCUGUGGGAACUUGACCUUGCAGCACCACAUGCUGGAGCCCGUUCAGCGGAUUCCUCGGUAUGAGAUGCUCCUGAAGGACUACCUGCGGAAAUUGCCCCCUGACUCUCCCGACUGGAAUGAUGCGAAAAAAUCACUGGAAAUUAUAUCUACAGCAGCAAGCCAUUCUAAUAGUGCAAUAAGAAAAAUGGAUAACCUGAAGAAACUCUUAGAGAUUUAUGAAAUGCUGGGGGAAGAGGAAGACAUUGUAAAUCCUUCCAAUGAACUAAUAAAAGAAGGACAGAUCCUUAAACUAGCUGCUCGAAACACAUCAGCACAGGAACGCUACCUUUUGUUAUUCAACAACAUGUUGCUGUACUGUGUGCCAAAAUUCAGCUUGGUGGGCUCCAAAUUCACAGUUCGAACCAGGGUCGGUUUAGAUGGAAUGCAAAUUGUGGAGACUCACAAUGAGGAAUAUCCGCACACUUUCCAGGUAUCUGGGAAAGAGAGAACAUUGGAAUUGCAAGCCAGUUCUGAACAAGACAAAGAAGAAUGGAUCAAGGCCCUUCAAGAGACUAUCGAUGCUUUCCAUCAGAGGUAUGAAACCUUCAGAAAUGCGAUUGCAAAGGAUAAUGACAUUCAGUCAGAGGUUUCCACUGCUGAGCUAGGGAAAAGAGCCCCGAGAUGGAUCCGAGACAAUGAAGUAACGAUGUGUAUGAAAUGCAAAGAGCCUUUUAAUGCACUGACAAGGAGAAGGCAUCAUUGUCGAGCAUGUGGACAUGUGGUUUGUUGGAAGUGUUCUGAUUACAAAGCUCAACUGGAGUAUGAUGGUGGUAAAUUGAGCAAAGUUUGUAAAGACUGUUACCAAAUAAUAAGUGGAUUCGCAGACAGUGAAGAAAAGAAAAAAAAAGGGAUUUUAGAGAUUGAAUCAGCAGAAGUAUCUGGAAACAGUGUGGUGUGCAGCUUUCUUCAGUAUAUGGAGAAGUCAAAACCUUGGCAGAAAGCUUGGUGUGUGAUCCCCAAACAAGACCCUCUUGUGCUGUACAUGUACGGUGCCCCUCAGGAUGUCAGAGCCCAGGCCACCAUUCCACUCCUGGGCUAUAUUGUGGAUGAUAUGCCAAGGAGUGCAGACCUGCCACACAGUUUCAAACUGACCCAGUCCAAGUCUGUGCACAGCUUUGCUGCAGACAGUGAGGAACUGAAACAGAAGUGGCUGAAAAUCAUCUUUCUAGCUGUCACAGGUGAGACACCUGAUGGUCCUAACAACCAUUCAGCUACCUUGGACGAUAACCCUGAACCUAAAUAAAAAUCAGAAUGCUGAACUCCAAGACCAACCACAGUGUGGGGGUCUCAAGAUUCACCGCUCAAGACAUUCCCAGUUCUCCUUACUCAUCUCUUAGCACUUUAUGUUGAAAAGUAUAGACUCAUAAAUGUAUCUGGUUAGGGGACUAUUUUCCUAUGUUUGUGUACUCUGGUGAAAUUAAUGUGCAGAGCCAUUCUACCGGUAAAAGUUGGAAAUAAUGUGAAAAAUUGAGCAUUUUUUAAUGAGCUAUUUCUUGAAUAUGUUCUUUUGUCUUGGAGAAAAUGGUAUCAAUUGAUUAUGUCACUAUCGGGUUAAAAUAGGCCACUUUCACUUAAGAAAUAUUUUAAUGUCUUCUCUUUCACAUGUAGGACUUGUAACAGUUUGAAAGAUAUACCUCCAUGUUGCCAAAAUAGAUCCAUGGUUAGAAAAAUUACAAGGACAGUUUAGGCUGUUGUGUUAACUUAUUUAAUUUAGUGUAUAAAGCUCAAGCUGCAUAAGUAACGUAUGUCCUUUUAAAACAGAAAAAGGACAGAUUGUUGGUGUUCAAACUUUUGACUUAAGAAAAGAUAUUUGUUUUUGUAGAAAUAUUCCUAAAAAAUAAAAUAUCUUACGUAUAUAGCAAUUAUGUAUAUAUAGUAUUAAGUAUAAAUAUAUCUAUAUACUAUACAUGCCUUUCUCUUCAGCUUUAGGUUCAUAUUUGUCUCUAAUUUAUUUUUAAAAUAUAAAGCAUGUUUUAUCUUGGAAUUGGAUGUGUUCUAAACUUAAUGUUUUUGGUGAUAUAUGUUUAACUGAUUGACAGCUAAAGGUAUUGAUAUUUUUAUAAUAAGAAAAAGCAGUAAUUUAUGUGGCAUGGAAUAUAUUAGUGACUUCCAACCGUAUUUUUAAAGUACUAUUUUUUUUUUUGUUCUGUGCCUAUUUAAAACAGUGCCUCUCUUUGAAGGUGCUAAUAAUUUCUAUUUAAAUAUAAGGUGAGGGUUUAAUUAAUGCUUCAGUCUUGCUUACUCAGAUAAAGUGUAUUUUGGUCACCAGAAUGGUCAAAAUCAUACAGGUUGUUUUUCAUUUUAUGAUCCUCUAAUUUGUAUAGCAGUUAAUAUCAGCAUGUACAAAAAUCUUCACAAAAACCUGGAUUGUGCAAAAUACCUGACCUUAAGCAGAACUGGGACAUCAGGAAACUGCAUUUCCUGGACUGUUUUUCUUCUCUAAGACUGUUAAGCAUGGUUAAGUGAGGACUAUAUAAUUAACUAG